CUGUUAUAAAUGUUUUUUUGUUAAAGCCGAAUUGCUUCUUUGAUAAAAUGUCAUUAUAAAUAUUUUUCUAAGUUUAUGAUUCGGUUCUUAAGUGCUUGUUCAAAGAUUUUACUCAAGGAUGAUGUAAGAGUGAUUGGUCGCUAAUUCUUGGGUUCUAAGUAGUCCCCGGAUUUAUGUAUAGGCUUUAUGUGACUGUGCUUAAAAUAUUGAGAAUGUAUUCCUGUUUUGAAUAUUUGAUUUAUUAGAUAUCAGUGCAUGAGGUGAAAUUCUGUGCAUGAAGUGGCUUGGUAGCGAUAAAUGAGAAGUACAUAAUUGUAGUGAUUACAGUUAGUAUAAAAGUGACUUUUUAUUCCUUUAAUAUUAAAAAAUGGAUGCCAAUGUGGAAAUGGAGAUGUGCAACAAUUGCAAAAAGGAAAUCCCUCAACCAAAUUAUGUAAUGCAUACUAUGCACUGUGCUAGAAACAUAACUCUUUGUAAAGUAUGUCAAGAGCCAAUACCAAAAAUCGAGUAUGAAACUCAUAGGGAAAAAUGCAAACGAGCGGCUAAGAAGCCUAGUCCCCCUCCCAUUGCACUUGAGCAAAGUAAUUAUUUUCAACAAAGAAAGGCUGUCGAAGAAAAAAAGAUUGCGUCCCGAAGGGAGAGAUAUUUAAAAUCACACGAGCACCUAGUCGAUGACGGUUUUACCCUUAGAGAAUCUGUAACUAACGGUUAUGAUCAGAAUACUUCCAGCAAUGCUGCAACCUCCAUAGCAACACACUCUCGCAAGUUGAACAAUCUUUCGAUGAAGAAGGAGGUUAAAAGUAAUGUUACUAAUAUUCAAGCAACAGUGAAAAACAGUGAAAAAAGUGCUCCAUCUCAAGGAGGCGCCGUAAAGAAGCCUCCUUUGAUACCAAGGCUAGAUGAUGUAGCAGGGCCAAAGCCUAAAGGACCUCAAGGUCUCCUGUCAUGCCGGUACUGUGAUUUGGAACUUCCGAAAUUAGAUUUGGAGGAACAUGAAAACUACUGUGGCAGCCGAACAGAUAAAUGCUUGGAAUGUGGAGAAUUAGUUAUGUUUAAAAAUAAACAAGUUCAUUUGGAUUCUAAUCACGGAUUUGUUAAACUAAAAGAUGAACCUGGCCCAAGGCCUUCAUGGGACUCAGCAUCGCAACGUAGUUCAAUGUCAGACAUUGAAUCUAGCCGUAAUACUAGAAGACGUCUAGAGAGGCUACGACUCAAUGAUGUUGAUUACGAUCCGAUGCCGUAUUUACCAGCUGCGUAUCAACCAGGAGGAGGACUUAGCAGAAAAAAGAAGGAUGGCGAAAGCUACAAAGAAAUAUCUAGAAGACUAGACUGUAAAACUGAAUACAUACGAAAUCUCCUUCAUGAUUCCGCGAGUAUCACGAUACCUUUGAGAAGCAGUGGAACAGCACCUAGAAAUCACUUCAACCAUAAUAAAGGUCCAGCACCGCAGCCUCCCAGAAGGCGUCGAAAUCCUCCGACGGAAUUAACAAUACCUUGUGAAUUUUGCGAUACUCCUAUUCCUCACGAGGAGCUCAUUGAGCAUGAAACUGGAUGUCGUCCUGAUCUGUGUAGAUUUAAUUCAAGAAGAAGCAGGUCAUCAGUACCUUUACCAGACGAGGACGACUAUACUCCUUACGAAGCCCCACGAAUGAGAAGUCCUCCAAGAGCGGACAGUCCUGACUCUGAAGAGCUACCUUGCGAAUUUUGCGCUAAUAUGGUACCAGCUUCACAGCUUUGGAGACAUCAGCUCAGUUGUACAUCAGCAGCAUAAAGAUUCUAGUCAAAUAUACAGGGUGGUUAAUUAUAUAAAUAUUAAAAUAUUUUAUGCUAUCUUAAUUUUUUCGCAAGUAUAUAAAAUAUUGUUGUUUGUGUUUCGUAAUUUUUUUAUCCAAGAAAUUGUUCAUUAAGGAUUUUUAAUACUUUUUUUAAGUUUGUAGGUCAAAUAAUCUUGCGAUUUAACAUAAUAAAAUAAUAGUUUUAUAUUUA